AUGGACGCUCCUUUAACACCAGAAUUGAAGGCAGAGCUGAAGAGGAUUGCCGAAGCCAUUGUCGCUCCCGGUAAAGGAAUCCUCGCUGCGGAUGAAAGCACAGGAACCAUGGGAAAGAGACUUGCAGGCAUCGGAGUCGAAAAUAUAGAAGAAAACCGGCGCUUGUACCGACAGCUUCUGUUCACAUCUGGCGCAGAAAUGGCGAAGAAUAUCAGCGGUGUGAUCCUCUUCCAUGAAACUGUUUACCAGAAAGCAGAUGACGGAACUCCGUUUGUGAAAAUUCUCCGCGACCAUGGGAUCAUUCCGGGCAUCAAAGUCGACAAAGGUGUUGUUCCUCUUGCAGGAACAAUUGGAGAGGGAACCACGCAAGGACUUGACGGGCUCGCUGAGAGAUGUGCACAGUACAAAAAAGAUGGUUGUGACUUCGCCAAGUGGCGUUGUGUGUUAAAAAUCUCCGAACACACGCCCUCGCAACUGGCCAUAUUUGAAAACGCGAACGUCCUGGCUCGCUAUGCAACCAUUUGUCAACAAAAUGGCCUUGUACCCAUUGUAGAGCCUGAAAUUUUGUGCGAUGGUGAUCAUUCUCUGGAACGCUGUCAGCAGGUCACGGAAGCCGUGCUUUCUGCUCAGUAUAAGGCUUUGGUAGAUCAUCAUGUCUACCUUGAAGGAACUUUGCUCAAGCCUAACAUGGUCACAGCUGGUAGGUGAAAUGUUUGUUUUCUGUAAGUUGAGAAAUGGUCAUAUUAGUACUAUCAGUAUCCGUAUUCGUUUGUGUCUGGAUAUUGGUCCCGUCAUUGCUUCAUUUCCUACAUGACUUUGCAGUAUUUAGCCCCAAAUUUCUUCUGAGUUAUUUUGUGCAAUUUGUUGCAAACGGCCCCUUGCAAGUUACUUUGUAUAUUUCUGUUAUGGCUUCUUGUACAUUUCUAUUUACUUUUAUAAAAUAACUAAGAUAGUACGCGCGUUCUGAUAGGUUAAAAACUUAUGGAAACUCGUAGAAAAAUUAAAGUUAUAUUAUAAAAGCAAUAGACCACACUUUCUAUGGGUUUACCGGCGUGAUAACCCACUUGGGACGUUGGGAGAACACUCGAAAAGCUUGUAAAUCACGAGCCUUCGGCUCGUGAUUUACAAGCUUUUCUCGUGUUCUCCUAACAUCCCGCGUUGAUGAUAAAAUUUGUUACUUUGCGGUUUUUCUUUUGGAUUCACAAUUUCAGGACUGAAUUUGUUAUUCAUGACUUGUAAAUUAAUGUACAGACGUCAUGUUCAAAACAAACUAAUAACUGGUCAUUUGGAAAUGAUCUAGACCGGACAAUUAGCUAAAAAAAUUAUCAACAAUUGGAAAUUUUUCAGUAAAGUCUUCAUAUGAAUCCUUCAAUGUUACCAGCAUAAUUUGUGAAAUCUUGUCAAAAUGAAUAUCAACGGAAUAACUGUGAUUUAAAUGCCUGAAUUGUUUAGACUAAAAGAUAAUUGGCUCUAUAUUGCAUAAUCAGGGAUUGCAUAAUCUGAUAGUGAAGGUUCCCACAGGGCACCCCCUCAAAGAAUUGAUGCAAGAUUAUAUCUAAAUUCAAUUUGACCCAGUCCUCAGCAUUUGUGGUUUUGAUGCAUAAUAAACUUUACACUGAGACAACAUUUUGAUGAAUAAUCAUACAGCAUUGUACAUUAUUUCAUGAAAUAAUAAGAUAGCAGAAGCUUGUUUCUUGAAAGUCCUGGUAACUUUUCAGGUUCAAGAUCAAAUAUUCAAAUCAAAAUCUAUAAAAAUAUAUAUAUAUAGUUCCUAGCUAUAAAACCAGCUCAUAAUAUUUUUGAUUUUGUUUACUGAGGCCUAGUUCAAACAUCAAACUUUUCAUGUAUCAAACUUUAUUACUUAUUUGGGUCGACUCAAAUGAUGUAAGUUGAAUAGUUGAUUCAGAUGUCGAACUUAAUGAUUUGGACUAAAUUCCUUUUUGCAACGUAAACUGGUCUACAUUGCUAAAAAGUCAAAGUAAAUUAAAGUAUAUUUAUGUAUUUCAGCACAUUUGAAAGCAAGUCACUCCAAAGUCAAUGUUCCCAUGUGGGCUACUCGAAGUUAAUUCAAAGUGCCACCCAAAUUAGAUGUGUCAGACUUAAUUGAUUCAUUGGUUGAUCUUUUCAUGUUCUUAUUUAAUGGGAUUAGGUUAAGUAAACGAAAAGUUUGACAUUUGAAGUAGGCUGUAAUAGAUUUAUCAUGUUAUCUGCCAAACUAUUGAAUCCUCUAUCUUGAAUGUAAAUAACAACAGCUUUCCAGGCCUGUUAGUUAAUCAGAACUUUCAUGAAACAGACCCUUGGACACAGUGGCUUGCCAGUAUGUGUAUGCCAAAUUUUCCUUCUUCUAAAAAAAUUUCUGAUAAAAGCCUUUUGUUACAUCUUGCCUUGAUUUGUUGUACAAAUCAGCAUUAAAAGAUGAAAUACAGAUGGUGAGCGGUCAUUAUCACAACUUCGGUUACAGCUGGUGAACUCCUAGACUUUUAUUUGACUAUUUCACUACAUGUAAGUCUGUGGCAGCACCUUGCACCUUGCAGCUUUUAGUUUGUCUUCAACUUCUCUUAGGGCAUCGCAAAACUUGAACCUUGUCCACUCAGAGGUAUAAUAAUAAUACCUCCCAAUGCUUCUUUUGUUGGCCCCCUCUUCUCCCUCCUUACACUGUUCCUUGUAGAGUUUCUCGGCAAGCCCUGCUGAUCUUGAAACAUGCCCAAACCACUUUAACUUGUUUCUUUACCAUGGUUAAAAUAUCGUUGUAGGGCCCUAUGGUUUGCCUGAUUCUGCCUCUGACUGCAUCAUUAUGGAUGUGGUCUCUGUAUGUGGCAGCACCUUUGUUCUAAUAAGUUGCCAAUCAAUGAUCAAGACUAAGGGACAGAAUUUGUCAAAACAUCAAUAACUGUUGCAAAAAGUUCUUUUCAGGCAGCAAUUGUUCAAAAGCUGGAUAGAGCUGUCCAUCAGAUAAAUGUCUAUAUCUAGUGGUUAAGUAUUAUUGCACUAUCCAUUGGAAGGGGAUUUAUACGGUGGAUAGCGCUAUCCAUCUUUUGAACAACUACGUCAUAAAUAGCCUGCGAGCAGGCUACGAUACCUAUAACUUUGUAGCGAUAAAGAUGGGUUCUACAGUAAACUCCGGCGCCUUGCGGACAGUCCAGGAACAUGCGUCGGGGGGGGGGGGGGGGGGGGGAAAAAUAACUAUAAUGGAGGGUUCAUGUGGGGGCAAACGUGCAACUUUUUCGCCACAACUGGCCUGAAAAAAACAACACCCAUGAUAAAACCUUAGCACCUUUGGACAACACCGUUUGCACACAUUAGACAACUAAUGAGAAAGGUCUUUCUGUUUUUGUUUGUACGCCAGCCUCAGUGAAAAAUCCGAGGCGCUCUUCCGGUGUGUUAUCCCCCCUAUAUUGCCUGGCUAGAAUGGAAAGUUUUAUAGAAUUUUUAGAGCUGGUUGAGGGCGCUGAGAGCUGAAGGGGGGGGGGGGGGGGGGGUGAAGGAGGAAAUUAGAUCUAAUUGUCGGUUCUCUAGGGGGAAAACGUGCUAAGUUUUGGGCCCAAAUGGUCCUUAUCAAAGACUCACCAUAAUUACAGCCUAUUUGCUUUGGAAACCAUCAGUUUGGCCAUCUUGCAUAACUAUGCGAAACUGGUUAGGCCUGCACUUGUGAAAACUUGUGAUCCUCUAUCAUAUUCAACCCUGCCUCGUGCCCAGAUGUCUCUGUGGCAAUUAAGGAAGGCAGGAAGGAGAAGAUGGUUGAGAUGUCUUCACCUCUCGUUUUUCUCCUUCCCACGAUCCCUUGUGCAGGGCCUUACACUUAAUCACCAGUCACUCAAGUGUCACUCACAUUUCAUGCUUGCCUCUAUGCAAAAAACAAAGCACCUGAGGAGGCUGGAAUUAAACCUUUGUAUGGCAAUACUCUUUAUUUUGAUAGCCCCCACUUGUGCUCAAUAAUGUUGUUAUCAUAAACCAUAAAUUCAUCUUCUUUCCUAUUUAGGCCAGAGUUGCCCAACCAAGAACACACCAGAGCAAAAUGCCAUGGCCACUGUCACAGCUUUCCAGAGAACCAUACCUGUUGCAGUGCCUGGUGUUGUGUUUCUGUCUGGAGGACAGUCAGAAGAAGAGGCAUCAGUGAACCUUAAUGCCAUCAACCAAUACCCAGGUGAUUAGUUUGACCGUUUAAAAUACAGUUAAAGCUCCAUUAAGGACGGUGCCCACUAUUGUUACUGCGCACAUUUUCUGCGCAUACCAAGGUAGUCGCGCGCAACGCGACAGAAAUGGGAAACACGCAGGACACGAGGACUGAUUUUGUCUCCUGUAAGUCUGGGAGGUUCGGGUUAUUUCUUGUGGAAAAGAUACGUCGUUUUCAACAGAUGAAAAAUAAUUUCUAUCUACCUUGUCAGUUCUUUGGAAACCGAAGAAGUAUGUGCAUGAUACUAUUUCUACGUAUGAUCUAUCUCACGGAACAUUUUUAUAGUCAAACAAAAGUCAAUUCUAAAACAUCAAAAGUUAUUGUUUCGAGAUGUUACGCUUAGGGUUUGGGUAUUAACAAAUCCCUUAAUAGGCAAGGAUCAGUAAAUCAGAAGGAAAAUAGCUCUAAGGCCUCCGCUUAAUCGAGAAACUGCAAGCUUACCUUUAACUCGCGUCCUUCGCUUUUUAUCGAGUAAUCGGCUAUAAACACUUUCCCGAAUAUUUCUUUAAUUUUGUAAGAUUUUAUGUAAUUAUUCACCAGAAGAUAGACUUACAGUGUUCGAGUACAUACAGAUGUCCCUUUUAUUGAGAGUCCGAGGCUUUUAUUUGUUGAACAAACAAGAAAAAAACUAUCACAAGAUUGUUUGAAUUCAUGAGAUCACAGCUUCACAAAUAGUUGCGGACCGCAAAGGAAACGCUUUCAUCGUGGAAAAAAUGAUAAAAAGUUGUUAUGCUUUUUACUAUUAUCAUUGUUAUUUAAGCAUUUUGGCAUUACUAAGCCUUGAAAUUAUUGACACACUGACAGCUUGUCGUGUAGAUAGUAUUUCUUAAGGUUCAAUUUCACGCCACACGUAAUCUGGACAUUUAGACAUAGCUGCCAUUUCGCUGUUUACAAACUAAAGAUGGAAGGUAAAAUAAACUGAAGUAUUUCCAUUCUAAGACUUUCUUAGGUUUAACAGACACUGUUAAGUCUAAAAUUAACAUUUAUAAACGAAAAAUAGUGAAUGAUCAUAACACAGAAUGCUAGAGUAAAAAAAAUCAAAACGAAAUAUAUAAAAUGAUCAUUAUAGCCCAGUGCAUAUAUGAUCAGGGUACAUAAACGCAUUCGGCACAACUACUUUCACACUAUGCAGCUUUUUUAAAAGAGAGCACAUGUAUGGAACUUUAGUCUAUGCAAAUCAUUUAUGUCAUAUGACAUUUGUCGCAAAGCCCGAAAGAGAUAGCGCAAAGCACAGAUAUAAGCUCAUUGAAUGUGUGCAAGUUUAAUAACAUAUUCGAUCGAGGUACCCGGUAAAAUGAUAAAAGAACGAUAGAAGGUUUACAAUCCAUAUUGCAUCUACAGUCAAAAAAUCUUGAGGAGAUGUACAGGUAAGCAAACGAUUGAAGGAUUACCUGUCUUAGAGUCCCUGUCGACUAUUUUCCACUACAGUAUAGCAGUUUGUUUACAGCACCAGCCGUGGAUCUUGAGCUCGCCAUACUACUCUAUGUGCGCUGCAAGUAAUCUCUAAUACCUUGGAGAUUGCUCUUCUCCAAACAUUUUUGUUAAAUGUUUGAGACGGAGAAGCUCCAGUUGAAUGAAAUAGUAUAAUUUGUUUUCCUUAGAGUCCAUGAAAUGUCCUGCUUCACUUUCUGUUUUUGCUCUCCUCCGUGUGUUGUUGUUUUCUCUGACUGUUAGCCAUUGUGGAUAUCCCAGAGUACUUCGCGUUGAGUGAAGCAAUAGUGAAACUGACCGGGGAGGGGAUGGGGAAAAUUGUAAAUAACCCCCAAAGCGAUUAAGUUAAGGUCGAAACCAACCAAUUUAACUUCUAAAAACGCGUGGUAACCCCUACUUUUUAUCUUACCAAAUGAAAGUAAUAAGCCUACUCAGCAAACGAUCAAUUUUUGGUUCGGGGAAAAUGUCGUUUACACUAUUUUUGAGGCAAACGCGUGGAGAGGGGUAACUGCUGAUAAGUUCCCAGUUGUGCUGAUAUUUCAAAAAAAGACGUUUAAAGAGCAGUUGUUAUGUUAUCAUUUGUUGCCUAUUUUGAAACCUUGUUACAAUUAUCGUUGCAUUUGUGCCAGUUCACGUGUACACUCUGAAAUUUUGGAAAAAAAUAACUUUUUAUCAUUUUUUUAAAAAACGCCUAUUCAGCGUCUUUCUCCAUAUUGAGGCGCAGUUAUCUCUGAAAAAUGCGUGGUUACCCCCAGUUUUCUUUUUGGAUUUUAAUAGCCCCUGAUAUGAUCUACUUGUCUCACAUAGUCAUUAUCUGGGAAAAAAUACUUCCCAUUAGUGGGCACCGUCCUUAAGCAGCCACUCCUUUGGCAGGGAUUAAAACCUCUGGAGAUCUAAAAUCUAGAGACUCUCUCUUUUGCACUACCCCACUCCCCCUGAUUGUCACCAAACCCCCCUUCCCUCACAAAUCGAGCCAGCCCCCAAAGAGGCCAUUUACAUGAUGGCGUCAUUCUGCUACUACGACCAGAAUCCUUUCCGUUUUUCCUUUCAUAUUUAAAUUUUGUAAUCCCGGUGAGGUUUAAAGAACAAAAGCCCUAAUUUGCACAAGAAAGCAAAACCCUGAAGGAUUAUGGUAGUAGUAAAAUGAUCUAAUAGUGCAAAUGGCCUAUUAUGACAAAAGAAUGUAUGACAUCUUAAAUGAAGUACAUACCAUCAAAAUUCGCUUUAAUCAUUGUAAUGUUGAAAUAAUCUUUGUCAGUGAUUAAAGGCGGGCGAAGAUGCCUCAAAAAAAUUAGAGUUUUGACAAUAAAAAUGGGCCAAAUUUCAAACUAAAGCUGGGUUAAUAGAGGUUACAACAACAGGAAGAACUCUUGUCAGGAUGGCUAAAAGGCUGAAUUUUCAUUAAGAAUUCUAGUAGCAGUUGAAAAAUGUGACGUUACAGGGGAAUAUUUUGAAAGAGGCUCCACAUCUGAAUAAAAAAUAGUCAUAGGCUACCUAACGUAAGCUGGAGAAUUCAACAUAGUAGAUGGAGACUUCUACAAUCUCCAAUGCCUUAUGAACACCCUAAAAAGUUAAGAAGUCAAAAGGAAACAGUGCUUUUUGAGGAUAAUAAGAAAAGCCCCUCUUUCGUAUGUUGGGAAAUUCCAACACUGGCUUUCAGAUAUAAGCUAUCCUUGGUUUAUAGUAACAUCUGCAAAGCACCACCAAUAACCCUGUUCUGGGCUCACAGUGGACUUAACGAAUUACCAGAAAUGUAUUUUGAAUUGCCCUUCAACCUGAUUGGCAAAUCGACAAUGGCUUUUUGACAGGCCAGUCAUGGCACAUAAUCAAAUCUUUUUGCCCAGGCUGGUACCCAGAACAAGGAUUAUAGGGCUGUUCCAUAAACAGACUUAACCAGAAGUUAAAAUCUGUCUCUGGGGGAGGCAUAUAAUAAUAAAAACCAGGGUAAGGCAUGAAAUCUGAGAGUGUAUGUUUGUUCUUUAGGCAAGAAGCCAUGGAAGUUGACCUUCUCAUUUGGCCGUGCUCUUCAAGCAAGUGCACUGAAGGCUUGGGGCGGCAAGGCAGAUCAAGUGAAAGCUGGUCAAGCAGAAUUUCUCAAGCGUGCUGCUGCUAAUGGUGCUGCAUCUAAAGGAGAGUACAAGGGAGGAGCCAGCUUGGCUGGCGGGGAAAGUCUGUUUGUUGCCAACCAUCAGUAUUAGAGCAAAACCCAAAAGUGGUUGCUUAAGAGGUGUAUGCAAAAUCGCCAUGAUGUAAAACUGAUGGAACAGUAUGGUGUAGAUUAGAAUAAUAAGUUAAAAUAAGGUCAUUUUGUGAGCCUCUCUAUGGGUAUUUAUGGAUGUCAUUUUCAAUGCUCAGUUUCCGUCAAAUCAUUGGUUUUUUCAAUGAAAUCGUCGCAGGUCAAGCAAACCUCGACAAUAACAGAAACAAUAAAAUUAAAGCAACAGGUUUAAUUAAGUUAUGGAUAAAAAUUUUGAAAGUGCAGCACACUUUUUGGCGGAUUUCUUUGCCAUCAUUGCGUGACUAAACUCAUGCGGCGAUUUUAUUGGAGUUACCCAUAGAGAGUCUCUUUCAUGUUAGCCAUAAACACUAGUGGAUCACUGAUUUGGUCUAACCUGGAUACUGUCUCGUUAUGGUGCUGUAAGAAAGUGCUUUGUAUUUCAUCGAUCAGAAAGGAAAUUACGUGCUAAGGAAAUUUGAUGUGAAAUAAACGAGUGAGAUCUCUUAUUGAGGUGGUGAUAAAUUUCUUGUGUUUACAACAAAGCCAUUGUAUUUCCCAGGAGAUGUGACAA